CUUGUUCUUAUUUAAAUAAUGUAGCAUAUGAAUACUAUCUGAUGUAAAUCGUCAUAACCUAACACUAAACCCUAUAAAUGUAUUGACUCAAAUGAACUAGUAAUCAGGUGAUCCAAGCCAGUACAGCGUUAUAGUUUUUCAUUUUUUUGUUGAUUUAUUUCUUGUUUUUUCACUGUUAAAACACGAAGAAAUAUAUGGCUGUAUGAAAAAUCAAGUUGGACUUUAUUCCUCACCGGCUGAUAAAUGUGCAUUUUAACUUCCUACCUUAAAGCAAUUUUAUUGUCAACUUUAUAGUAUUUUACCACAUAUUUUACUAUUUUUAUUGAAAUUUUAUACCUGAUAUUGUAAAAAGGACAAAAGUGAAUUAAAGCUUUUAACUUAAAAAUAUACAUAUCAAGUCACAUAUCACACGAAACAGGAAACGGCAAACACAUAACACAAAAUGCAUUUUUUUUAAAGAAUAGCAGUCAAUAUUUAGUUCUUUUUAUGUGAGCUUUUCUUCCAUCAUAUAUGCAAACUUUUUAUAUUAUUUUUUUUUUUUUUUAUUGUGCUGCAGUUUUCAUGUGUGGUUUAAAUUCCAAGCCUUGCAGUUCUCAUUUGAUCCAGUAGAUGGCAGUAAGUAGAUGGCUAGCGAGGUGGUUUCUAAACCUCUACAAGCCUAAGGGACGAAGAAGAAGAACGAAGGUGGGCGCUGCACGUUGUACGAACUCCUUUAGUUACUGAUAAACUCAUUGAAUAUCACUAAUAUGAGUAAGACACUGCUGCUGCGCGUGUCGGUGAAUGAGCGGAUCAGCAGCGCCGCCGAAGACAUCAUGCUGCGGCUCGAAUCGGGCGAAGUGUCGGUGGAACUCCCCACACUCAGGAUCCUGCUCACCGAGCGGCUAACGAUAGCUGCGGGGCAGAUCAUCUCACUGUUUGAGAAAAUCGUGUCAGAUUUCGAAGAUACUCUGCGGCAAUCAGAGCAGAAGGUCUGCCGCCAGAGAAAAUUACUGGAUGCAGUUCUGAAGCCAACGGUGCAGCUGGAGAGAGCAGAGACUCAGCAGUCGAGGGAUAAUAAAGAGAACGUUUCCUCUGAGCAGAUGGUCCGAAGCAACAGUCUGGACGAAAAUGGAGUCCUUCCCUUUCAAGGGUUGGAUCUGGACGUAUUUUUACCCCCUCUGUCCCCUCAAGAAGCUCCAGACCCGCUGGAACACUUCUGGUUCAUAGAAAACCAGUUGUACUACAGUGGAAUGCAGAGCAUGAGGGCUAUACCCCAAUCAGAAACCUUUCCAUGUACGAUGUGCGGUCUCAAGUUCUCCUCAAUAGCAGCUCUGGGGUUCCAUUUGAAAGUUCACAAAUCCAAGAAAAAACCGAAACCGCGUCGCUUAUCCGACUACGAGAGGUUUUCAAAAUUGUCCCUAAAGUUCCACAAGCCAAUCGACGGCGUGGAAAACGUCUUCACCUGCAGCGAGUGCAACCAGGCCUUCAAGUUUCGGUCGAUGCUGAGGAAGCACAACUGCGGCCAAGACACAAAGCCUCCCUUUGACUCUCACUGCUGGCCGGUUGAGUUUCCUGCUGAAAUAAAAAGCGAAUUUGAGAUGCAAGAUGGAGCAUCGGCGGUACAGGACAGGUUCAGAGAGGCGGGCACGGAGCCCGUCACACUUAAAGAGGAGCUAGUGGAAUCUGAAAUCUCCCAAGUCGUGAUCGGUCCGCCUUCCGACAAAGAAGAGGAAGAGAAUCCUCAGAGCUGUCACGUUCAUCACAGCGAGAGGGACAUUAAUCCAGCCUCUGAGGGUGGAGCGGGUUCUGAUCCACCUGGAGCGGGUUCUGAUCCACCUGCAGGGGAGAAAACCUCAAGCACUACUGAGAACGUUGACGAUGGAGGCGAAGGAACCAGUCAGUCCUCGUCAGACCCCCCCGCUGCACCAGAGGCCCCCAAAACGUGGCCCUCAGAGGAGCGGCCUCUGAAGUGCCCCUUUUGUAGCAAGUCUUUCAUAACGGAGUUUAACAUGAAGAUUCACGUGUCGAUGCACACGGGUCAGGCGGCGUUUCAGACGCAGAGUUUUUGGUAGGAAAACUGUCAGAACUCGGGCUGCUGAAAUUCAACUUUUUGGAAAUAAUUUAUUCAAUCAAAAUUGAAGUUUUGAGGGUCAUAAAAACAGUUUUUGCAGAGCAAGUGAUAUAAAAUAUACUAAGAACUUUAACUGAUAACAUAAGAAUUUCUUUCAGUACAAAUGGAUUUAUUGAAUUAUUUCAAGUGUUAAAAUAAUAGAACACUCCAAUAAAAAAGUUACAAAACAGAUAAAUCAACCCAGUUCAGAAUUAGAUUUUUAAGCAAAGAUCAUUGACAAAUAAUAUAUUUGUUUAACUGUGCCGUCGUCAGAACUACUAUUAAAACAUAAGUGAUAUAAAAUGAAGAAAGAUGGAAUUUUAAUUGAUAAAAUUGGAACAAUUUUCAUUACAAAUUGAUUUGUUGAUUUAUUUCAAGCUUUAACAAUAGUAAUAAACAUUUCAAAACACAGAUCAAACCCAUUUUAGAUAUAAGUAUUUGUUUUAAUGAAAAAUGUAUUUGUGUUUGUUGAAUCAAUAUGGUCCUGGCUUGAACUGACUUAAUUCAAGUGUCAUUUGAUAUUUGUUCCCUAUAGGGGGCGCCGCAGCAGUUAUCCCCCUCUAACCGGUCCUAUUCUCUGCCUCCCCCUAGACAACAACUUUCAUCAUCCUCCAUCCAUAAACUUUCUCCUCUAACUUAAUUUUCAGUGUCUGGGAAGGGACGCCGAACAGCUGAAUUAAUACAUUUUUAACUCAAUUUUGCAUUUUAAUAUAAGUUUAAAACUAACAAAUUCACAUUUUUUUGUCUAAUUUUAAUCUAAAACCAACUAAUAACUCAUUUUAAAUUGAAGAACAUUUUUAAAAUAGUUAUUUUUGCUUAAAAGAAAUCAGUUGUUUUUUGGGAAAAAAAAUAGAAAUUGCUUUAAAACAAAAUGAAGUAAUUGAUCUGUUGAAUCAAUAUUCCAGUUUCCAAUUAAUUGAAAUUCCAGCCUUAUUUUUUACAGAUUUCUUAUAAAUUCUUGUUUUCAUUGUUGUGUUUUUAUCAGACUUUAAUGCCUCACAGACGUGAAACUUUCAUCUGAUUUCUAGUAAUGAUCUUAUGUGAGCAACACUAACAAAAACCUGCACAAAAAGAGAAAAAAGUUGACCAUUUUAUUCCCUCUGUUGAUUAAUGAAAGUGUUUCAUUUCUUUGUAGAUAUUAGACAUUUUAUUGAUUUAUUCUAACAUUUUGACCAGUUUACUUCUAAAUGUGCUUUAGUGUAAAAUACAUGUUCCUAAUUAUGUCCGCUUUUUAACAUUUAAACUAAUUGUAGUGUAUUUUUUAUUGUUAUGCUUUUGGUAGAGUGGUUUAAACUGUCAGCUUUUGGAGAGAAAUCAAUAAAAGUCAUUCACCGCUGUA